AUGGCCUCGAAAUCAAAGCUACUGCUCCAUUUCUUGCUGGCCAUGCAAUUGGUCAGUAAAGCACCUUCUCUGGUCGAGUUCAAGAAUGUAAAGUGUGAGGCAGUCGAUACGGAAUUUUGCACUUUCGAUUAUUGCCAUUUGAAAUCUGUGAACCGGACAUAUAAAUACCUUUCGCUUAGAAUUAAAAUGUUAAAGCUGCUCAUCACCAAUGCUAAGGUCAAUGGUGCACUUUAUCAACGGCUCAAUGGAUAUAAGCCCUUUCUCUACAAUAUAACAGUGGAUUGCUGUACAUUUUUCAAGAAUCAGAAGUCUAACCCCGUUGCUAGUUUCUUUUACGAUUCAUUUAAAGGAUUUUCAAACUUAAAUCAUUCCUGUCCCUACAAUCAUGACAUAGUGAUUGAUAAACUAACUGCAGUAUCUGUAAAUCAUCGUGUGACUAAUAUUCUACCUUUUCCGAAGGGAGAGUAUAUGUUAAAUUUAAACUGGAUUGUGUACGGCAGCAGCAGACUUGUUGUUAAAUUAUAUUUGGCUCUAACGUAA